UUCACAAAAUAUGGCUAAACCAAGUGUAUCAUGUAGCUAGCUUCAGUAAAUUGUCUUAACUGAGGCCAAUCUAGUCUACAUAACUCACAAUACCACUAUUUUAUUGUAAUCUGUAAAGUCUUAAUAUAGUGGUAAGCUGAAUAAAAGUAAAUAAUUACUAUAGAAUGGUAACUGUUGUUAAAUUUUUUGCAUUCCUUGUUAUAUAUUAUUAGUUUAUAUCCUUAGACCAGUAUAGUAAUUGGCUGUCAGAAAUAUAACUGUCAGUUUCAAGUUAGGUAUAUCACAGUCUUUUUAGAAGAGUCUUUACGUAUUCUCACCCUGAUUCGUUAUGUUUAAAAUUGAUAGGAUUUGUAUAGAUAUAGGAUAGUGUUUUAUGUAUACUGUAACCCACAAAUUAUUUUAGGAAUACUUUACUGAAUAGAUUUUAGUGUUUUUUAGAUUCUAAAGUUCUGUUUUUCUUUUCACUUCCCCUUCCUUCCCUUUAUAAGAUCAUUUCCAUGUCUUUGUUGGUGAUCUCAGUCCAGAAAUUACAACUGAAGAUAUAAAAGCUGCUUUUGCACCAUUUGGAAGAAUAUCGUAAGUAACAGAAGAUAAAUUGUAAAUGCUUUUAACUAGAAGCAAUCCUAUAUAGAAGUAAUUUGAAAAUGAUUCUGUUGUGAAUUUUGAGCAUUAAUUUUGACAUUUGAAUAUAAUGUAUCACAUUGUUUAGAGACUGUUCACGUAGAUAACGGCAAAAGGUUAUUUUCCCAUUGAUGAAUAAAUCUUUGGUCUUUAAUUAUUUUUAAAUUCUUUUUUAAUUAGCAUUAGCUUCAAACAAAUUUCCCAUUGUACCUAUUAUAGUUUUUUUAUAUAGGUGUCUUUAUAGCUUGGUCAUAAUCUUUAGUAAACUUGUGCUGUGAUGAAGGAAUUUAGACCUUUGGGCACUCCUAUGAUACCUUGCAUUUUGUGUUAAAUUUUUUUUUUCCCCUAAACAACCUAAAAAUAGUUAUUAAAUGCCAUUUCUUAGAAAUUUCCCUUUUUUUUUUUUUUAACUUUUAAAACAAUAAUGUUUUAGCGUCUUAUGAAGCACUUGCUUGCGUUUGUUAUUAAUCAUACAUUUUAGGCUUUUUGUAAAUAGCUCACUCAAGGUAGCAUUCAUCAUAGAAGAUCUUUAUUAUUUUUAAAAGCAUGCUGUAUUAGACUGAGAAUGACAAGUUGAUUAUAGUGCUUUCUUAGAAUAGAAGCAAUUGUUGAAUUUAGAAUUUUUUAGGGUUUCUGGUUGCUUUUAUUAUUGUUUCAACUAGAAGAAUAGUAAAAAGGAAAUGCUAAGUGUCCUUAAGUUUGAUGGACAGAUCACCAGAAGAGAUAAGAAAGGGAGGAGUCUGGAAAGUAAUUGCUAGUGGUGUUAGUGAUGAAUUUUGGGAAUUUUCUUUUGAAGAGCUGUAGUUUAUUGGUAAGAAGAUGACAAAACAUAAUGACCAAGGAGUGGUUGUAAAUGAGGAGCCAACUUUAAAGGCACUCAGAAGACCAGGGUUCAUAAAUGGACUGCUCUGUCAGAUGACAUUUUUCUUUGUGAGAGCUGGUUAGGAAAAUAAGAAACGUGUUGAUUUCUUGGUCGUUCCUCUUAAUCUGUCUCAGGGUUUUGUUAAUGUAGCUUGCUUUCAAAUAUCUAGACUAGAUGGUCUUAAACCUUUGAUCUCUCAAGGGCUCUACAAAUCUCUGUGGAAAUUUUUGUGUAUAUUUUUAUUUUGGUGUGGAAAAUCCUUGUAAGUUUCAUGUGAUUGUCAGAGUAGUCAUAGGACUAAGAAACUCUGGUCUAGAUCUGGACUACUCCUUCUUCAGAGAAUCUUUCCAGAGAGAAAUGAGUAAGAGUUGAUUAUAUUUUCAAGGCUAACGUUUCCUGAAACUUAAGUUUAAGAAGACAAAAAUGUUUCUAACUUUUGUUAUCAGGUUAAGUAGCUGUUUUCUAAAAUGCUUUCAUUUUGGUUGAAGUAGCUUUUCUGAAAAAACACAGGUAUUUUAGUUAAGGAUUAAUAGAAUUGUUUAACAGUUUGUGAGUUUAAGGUAAAUGACAUUUAAAUUUUAGUAAUCUCAUUACUUUUAAUCAUGGAUCAGUACUUUCUUUUUGGUACAUAUGUUGAUAUAUUUUUAGACUAUAGAUUUUCUAUGGGCCCUCUAUGAUUAUUGGUGUGAAUUAUAUUUGUUUCUAGGUAAGGCUCUUCUUUAAGUUUUACAAUUUAAAGUUGAGGUUACAUAUAAUGUCUGAGUUUUAGGUAUACAAGGGGUAGCUUUCCUAAAUCUGAAGGAACCAUUUGGGUGGUUUUUGUUUGUGUGUUAAAGGAGAUAAAUUGAUAACUUGUAGGAUUCUCAUGAGAUAGUCUCUGUAUAGUGCCUAUAACAGUGCUUGGUUUAUAGAAAGUAUACAAUAAUGGUGGCCUAUUAGAAUGUUUAGUAUAAAAACUAUUAUAGUACUUUCCAUAAUUUAUAUAGUUGAAACUCUUCCUGUUCCUUGAGCUAAGGAUAGUACAGCAAAUUUUGGUAUAGAAGUAAAUCAGCUACCAAGUUAAAUGCAUGUGUGUGUACCAAACAGAUAAUUUAAUAGAUAUUUUUACAUACUGAGAAGUAACUUACCCCUUAUCCUUAUAUCCCUUUUCGCCACCACCUCUUUGCCACGUUGACCCUCAGCACUUAACAAAUCACUCCUAAAUUGACCUAAAAUAUGGUUAUAUAUACUUUAAUAUAAAAUUACAUUGCAUGGUUUUCUGACUUGGGUUUUUGUUGUGAAAGUGCCUGUUUUGUUCAUGUGUCCUGAAAGAACAAGCAUUGUGACAUACCUGGCUAACUUAAAAGCAGAUUGCCUGUGAAGCACAAUUUGAGUCCAAUUUUUUGAGGUAUGGAGUUUUAGCUAUCAUGGCUGGGUUUUUACUCAAUCUCAAAUAAUAGGGCUCUGGUUAUUUUGCAGAGUGUCUCUGAAGAAUGGACAGAAUUGCCCUGGCUAACUACAAGCUACGGUUCACAGUGGAUAAAUAGAUGCCCGAGUGGUUAAAGACAUGGCAACAGGAAAGUCUAAAGGAUACGGCUUUGUCUCCUUUUUCAACAAAUGGGAUGCCGAAAACGCCAUUCAACAGAUGGGUGGCCAGUGGCUUGGUGGAAGACAAAUCAGAACUAACUGGGCAACCCGAAAGCCUCCAGCUCCAAAGAGUACAUAUGAGUCAAACACCAAACAGCUAUCAUAUGAUGAGGUUGUAAAUCAGUCUAGUCCGAGCAACUGUACCGUAUACUGUGGAGGCGUUACUUCUGGACUAACAGAACAGCUAAUGCGUCAGACUUUUUCACCAUUUGGACAAAUAAUGGAAAUUCGAGUCUUUCCAGAUAAAGGAUAUUCAUUUGUUCGGUUCAAUUCCCAUGAAAGUGCAGCACAUGCAAUUGUUUCUGUUAAUGGUACUACCAUCGAAGGCCACGUCGUGAAAUGCUAUUGGGGCAAAGAAACUCUCGAUAUGAUAAAUCCUGUGCAACAGCAGAAUCAAAUUGGAUAUCCACAGCCUUAUGGCCAGUGGGGCCAGUGGUACGGAAAUGCACAACAGAUUGGACAGUAUGUGCCUAAUGGUUGGCAAGUACCUGCAUAUGGAAUGUAUGGCCAGGCAUGGAACCAGCAGGGAUUUAAUCAGACGCAGUCUUCUGCACCGUGGAUGGGUCCAAAUUACGGAGUGCAGCCACCUCAAGGGCAGAAUGGCAGCAUGGUGCCUAACCAGCCUGCAGGGUAUCGAGUGGCAGGGUAUGAAACCCAAUGAGAAAGGACUCCAGAAUCUAAAGCCAGUGGCUUGAGGCUACAGGGAGUGUAGUAAAGCCGUUGUUUACUUAAAAGAUUUAUCAAAUCAGUCAGUGCAAAUGUCAGAUACAAUGUAUUUAUUUAAAAGAUUCAUUUUUUAAUCAUGAAAUUACUUAUCAUCCACGUCGUUUUAAAAAGAAACAAGAUGCUGGAUGUCUGCCAAUUUUUGCCUUCAUUACCUUUUUUAAUAAAGUUUCUCAGAUCCUUGUUUCAAAUACAAAUGCAGGGAUUGCUGCCACUUUUUUAAAAUUAAGAGGCAGAAAAUUGCACAAUGUUGAACUUUUUUUCCACUAAAGUAGUGUGCAGUUCUAGUUUGCAUUCCUGAUACGAUUUAAAGCAUGUAAUAUAAAGAUGUAAAAAAAGAAAAACCAAAACUGUGCAGAGUCUAGAAGUUCUUUGUUAUCUUCAGCUUGUGCACAAUUCCGUUUUAGGUUUUAAAAAAAAUAGGCAUUGUUUGAGCUGUCCCAUCUCUACGUUUAUCCCUUUGGGGUUUUUAAAUAUAAAUUAUUAGUUUACAUCAUUUUUGUAUCUACAUAUUUUCACAAAUUUGUCUUGCCUUAUUAAAUUUCUGUAAAAUAUACUUAAAUGGGGAAAAAAUGAUGUUCACUUAAAUUGAGAACUUUUCUCAGAUGGAUCGAUAAUUGCGUUCAUUUUGUGUUUUCUAUGAGAAGGUGCCUCAAGAAUUCCCUGUUAGAUUUGUUGAAAAGGAUUUUUAUCUUCUGUGAUAAACUUUGUUGUGUACCAGGAAAUACAAAAACAAAACCUUGUUACUAAAGAAAAUCUCUGAAAUGUGAUAAGUUCUUAUGAACCCAUGUUAAUUUCAUGUGUCAAUUUCUACAUUUAUGUGUAUCAUUUCAUUAUGUAAAAUGUUUUAGCAAUUUAAUAUUUUGCACAAUUAGUGAACUUUGUAUGUAAUUUCCUUCUUAAAGGUAUCAUGCAGAGUUGACAUGAGACUUACAAGAUUUUAAGUUGUUUGCAUGUGAAUAUCAAAUACACACUUUGGUAGUCUUUGAACACAGUCAUCUGCUCUUGUUUUUCAAGAAUUUUGAGACAAAAUUGUAUGUAAAGGAGUAUAUUAAUUUGCUGUUUUCUAGUUAGAUUUACUCAAAAAGAGUAAAUCAACUUAAUUUUAAUAUGUACAAAUGAUAGCUGUGAAACUGUAGAAUAUCCUUAUGUCAGGCUUGGGGUUCGUUGUGAACUCUAAUAUUAGCCUAAAGGACCAGCCGGGCAAAGCAUUUUUAAAAAUGUUCAGAGGCCAAAAAACAAACAAACAAAAAAGACGCUUAAAAUCCUACCUCCUUAAAGAGCCUUCAAAGAGGAGAAUCCUCAGUGCAAUCAUUAUUUUUAUUGUUUUGGUACCUGUUUUCCUGGAGUUCCCAAUUUUAUCAUUUUGGGGUAGCUCCAAGCGUUUAGAGGUUUAAUCUUUGAUGGCACUGUUCUAGUUUUGAUGUUUCUUGUACAUUUCAGAGUCUUUUAGAAGAGUUGUGGGAGAUUUUGUUUUGUUUUCAGGGAAAGUCACAAACCACCUUCCUUGACUCACAAAGGGCGAAGACUCCCCAGUAUACAUAUUAGGAUGGUUUUUUGUUUUGUUUUGUUUUUGUUUUUAAGACCUUCAAAGAACUCCCAGCAUUUUAUUUAGGAACAGAAAAGGCCUGUGAAGUCUUAAGAGUUUCCUGGCCUGUAUCUUCCAGGUAGGAGCAAAUGACUCUAAACUGGUCUCUAGAAUCCAAUACACUUCUCACCCAGAGCCCAGGAAAGACAGCUCAUAAGUUUAUAAUUCUCUGGAGCUCAAUUCUAUGCAGCUGUACUGAUGUUUCAUUUAGUCACUGUGUAUUUUUAAGUGUUGGUACAUUAAAAGUUGCUUUAUGGAAGAUGAGUAAAUUUUUUAAAUGCUUGGAAAUUUUAUUUCCUUGUUAACUUUUACAGAUCAGGGCAUGCAACCAAAAGCAGCUUAAAUGAAAUACUCUAAAAAAAUAAAAUAUCAGGAAGCUAUUUUUAGAUUCUUCUGGCCUCUGUUUCUAUUUUAGGACCCUUAUUAUUUUCUCUUAUUCAAAAAUACUUUUAUUUCCUUAACAUCUUCUGGACUGCAGGGUAAAUUAUUUGGGCAUAAAUAAUUUAAUCUAAGCAAAAGUAUGAUUUUUCUUUUAUUUUGACUAUCUCAAGUAAUAACACUUUUUUUAUUAGCCAGUAUAUUUUCAUAUCUCACGAAUUUUAAAAUGUACAUUAACUUUUUUUUUUUUUACAUUAACUACUUUUUGAGAAGAAGGUGGUGUCAUUAUUCAUGAUAAAAAGGUUACUACUGAACAAAUUCACAUUUCAGGAACGUUGCUAAUUUCUAUUUAAAUCUUACUCUUGGUAUAAAGCAAAUCAUUUAAGGAUUUUUCAAUCAAAAAUCAUACUGGUGUUAGUAUCAGGUAAGGAAAUUAAGGUUUUUAAAAUUGUUUCUCUGCAGUAUGCAUUCAGAUUUUACUUUAAAAUACAUCUGGUACUGUAAAGAUCCUGAAGUAAUUCACACUUAAUGAGUCCUCAAUCCAGUAUUCUUUACCCUGACUGUUUGGAUAUUAAAGUUCCUUUAUGUUUUCUAUAGCUUUUGGGAUCUUCUUGCAGUGAUUACUGUGUGUGAGAUUUUUUUUUUUUUUUUUUUUUUUUAUGUAGCCAUAUUGUUGUAUUAACUCAGCCAGGAGUCAUGGUUUACAUUGGAUUACUGUUCAAUACCACAAAGAACUGGCAUUUUGCAGAUACAACUUAAUUAAUGAAACAAGGGUCUCAUCUUCCCCGUUGAUGUUAUCUCACUGUUAAAAACGAGAUUCACGUUCUAGUUUUAUUCUUUUGUCCCUAUUUGCUCAUCUUCUUUUUGCAUGUUUGUUAGAGUUUGUUCCCUUUGAGAAGGCCGUUGAUAAUAGCUAGAUUGCAUUUACAAAGGGAGUUAGGUUUUACCAACUCCUCUAAAAUGCUCUUGAAGCUACAGUUGACUUAGAAAAAUAAAAUGUGUUUAUAGGAAAUAUAAAAGCAAACCUUCUCAAUGAGAGAGCAGUGAUUUCUAAGAACAAUAACAUUUAUUUGUUGACGCUUGUUGCAUUUUAUUUCAGUCACUGUGUUUUGACUGUUGUGUUUAGAACUUGAAGACCAUACCUUUAAAACAAUGAUUUUUAAUUUAAUGGCCUUAGUAAAUGUAUGUGAAUAAGUUUCAUUUGAGGAGGAUCUUCUUCCUGCAUUUGGAAGACCUUAGUUCAUCUGGAUAUAUAGUGAGGGAUAGCCAAACUUGAAACCUACAGGUAUUAACAGGAGUAUGUCUUGAAUGACAUUCAGUUAUUAGAAAUUUCUAUUUUAAUCAAACAGUUGUCUGAAGUCCUGGCUUCAGAGAUGAUAUUUUGUCAAGAUAAACCAGUAAUUACACUAUACCAAGGAUAUGUAAAGUUAGAGGCCAAAGUUAUUCUAAGAAUAAUUUAACUAAAAAAAAGGAAAAAAUAGACUUCCGACUCAGGGUCACUCUGCUGCUGGCUCACAUGAGUCCCUGUAUAAAAGUGGGAAUUAAGCAGAAUUUUGCAUAUUGGAUAAAUAAGAUCUCUGAGUUCCUUAAUCAGCUCUAGAAUACCAGCAGCCAGUCUUAACAUCUACCGGGCAGAAUGGUGGAGGAUCCUUCCUUGAAAAAACUAAACCACUUCGAGAAGAAGAAACAGAUAACCAUUUGUGAUCCCCACCCAAAAAAACCAACUGGCCACUAAUCUCCCUAUAGCGAAGUACCCCAGUCAAUAAGUCCUGCUCAUAUACACAGCUCUCCCAAAAGGGUUUUUGGUGCUUCACUUUAAAUAGGGGCAGCCAAAGGUAACCAGAAUUUUUUAAAAAACUGGACAUGAAAGGUAGAUAGAUCUAAACAAAAAGCAACUGACAGGAAUUAGAAAAUAUCCAAGAACUGUAUGUAAUAGCCUCAGAUAACAAAGUACUACUUCAAAAAUGUAUAGCAGGAUACUAGUAAAAUAUCAUAAGAAACUUAAAAUAAUGAAUAAAUUCAGUGAUAGCAUAAAAGGCAAGGAAAUGCUGUGGAACAGAAGUCAAAAGUGGGGUGGAGGUAGAGGAAGGAUCAGUUCAGGAGGUUAUUAAACUCCAACCAAUAGGAGUUCCAGGGAGAGAACUGAGAAAAUAGAGGUGUAAUUUAUUAGGAAUACUAAGAAAUUUUACCUGGUGAAAUGAUGAAUCUCAAGAUUUUAAAAAAAGGCUAUUGUCAGUAAAAUUUUUAAAAACUCAUAUACCACCAUGAAAUUUCAAAACACCAAAAAUACUCUGAAAGUUUCCAGAUAGCAAGAAAAUAAUGUUCUGAAGAUUAAGAACCAGUUACUGUCAGGUGGGUUCUAACUCAUGGCAAACCCUACGUGCUACAGAGUAGAACUGCUCCAUAGGGUUUUCUUGGCUAUAAUCUUUACAGAAGAAGAUUGCCAGGCCUUUGUGCCACAACACUGCUGGGUGGGUUUGAACCACCAACCUUCAGGUUAGCUGUUGAGCCACCUGGGGACUUAUUAAGAGUAGUACAGCAACACUGGAAGCUGGGAAUCAGUGGGGGUACUGUCUUGAAAAGCUUAAGUGAAUUUGUAUGUCCAAUUAUACUGAAAAGUGAUAGUAAAAUAAAGGCAUCUCUAAGCAUGCCAAUUCGCAAAAAAUUUUUCUUCCCAUUUACUGGUUCUCAUAAAGUUACUGGAUGUGCUUCAUCAAAGCAAGAAAGUGUAUGGCAUAGAGCCUAGAAACAGGAUCCAACACAGGAGAGAUAAAGGGGAGUCCUAGCAUGACAGCUGUGGAACAAGUUUAGCAGCCAAACCACAAUUCACAGAGGCUAGACCUGAUUAUCUGACAGGUUAGGCUAUUUAGAAAAUUGUAUAGUGGGACAUAUUACAGAGCUGUGGAGGAUGUAAGACUUAAAUGUUAGAAGAAAGGCAGAUGAAAAAAGAGCUAUGUAUUAGGGAAAAAAUUAUACAAAAAAGGAAAUGUUUCCUUCCUAAGCCAAGAACAUGUACCAAUUAUAAUGUAGUCAUAGUAAUGGAAACACUGCAAUUGUAUUCAAUAAAAAAUCGAAAGGAAUUCUAUUGAGUAAAGUGAGCUAAAAUUUUCAUCUGCUAUAAUAGAAUAUUGAUAUUUGCAUAUUAGAAACAUGGCAGUAAACCAGAAGAAAAAAAGUGCUUUGCCUUAACUUCCUCAUUUGUAAAAUGGAAAUAGUACAUAGAGGAUUUUAAGAUUUAGAGCACACUUACAAAACAGACUGCCUGGCACUAAACAUUCAAAAUGCUAACUAUAAAUACAUUCUCAAGGAAGUUACUCAAGAGCAACUCUUUUCUGGGUAUAUGAAUUAAUACGUGGAUUUUUUUUUUAAGACAUUAGUUUAUCACCUCCCAUUUAAUCACUUAAAAUGCUUAUGAAGGAACAAGCUGUGCUUAUGAGAAUUGUAGGCAGGACUUAAGGCAAAAAGAGACUUCGCUUUGUGGAUUGUGUCUUACACUCAGUUCCAGUCUCAGUUGGAGACUGAAAAAAAAAAUUUUUUUUAAUGGCAUAUAAACCUUGAGUAGAGAUGAAGCUUCUAAUACUGACUGAUGAUGGCAGCUCAAGAGAUAGGCUGUUCUGAGAGGUACAAAAUGGUCCGCUUUAAUUGCUAUGCUUAUAGGAAACUGCUACUAGAAAAAGGUACACAUCUUUAGAUAGAUUUCUCCAAAACCUGCCAAGUGCCCUUAAAUCCAUAAAUCUGAAGAUGCCUUUGAAAAUUACCCAAAGAAGUUCUGACUUCCAUAACCAGUGCUUUCUCACCUAACUUGUUGCACUACAAAUAAUGCAAGAGCUAGGAAGUAGGGACUUUGCACCAUUCUGCAAUUCCACAGAGUAAAUAAAAGGUCUUUGAAAAGUAGCUUUCCAAUAGGGUAGGUGAAAUAUUUUACUGCUUAAAGCAAAGUAGUCAAUCACAGUACAAACCCAAAUCAGAUACUUAGAAGCGUAAUGUGUUAGACUCUAGAUUAUUGCUCCUCAGUUAAUCCCCUAGAAUUUGGUUCCAAGAUUUGGAAAAGGUUGCUGACUCCUAGAUGUUUUUUACAAAAGAACCAAAAAACCUAUUGUCAUUGGGUCGAUGCUGACUCAUAGUGACCCUGUAGAAUGGAGUAGAACUGCCCCAUAGAGUUUCCAAGGAGCACCUGGUAGAUUCGAACUGCCAGCCUUUUGGUUAGCAGCCAUAGCUCUUAACCAGUAUACUGCCAGGGUUUCCUACAAAGGAAUGGCAUGCCUUUGGGUGGGGGGCGGCUGGGAGGGAUAAGAGCAUGUUCAUCUCCAUUCUUCAAGUCAUUUUGGGCCAGGUAGACAGAUGAAGCUUACCAAAGCGUGGCGUAUUUGUAAUUCAGUAAAACUCUUUAUCUACCAUUUUAACUUAUCUGCAUCCCUUCAGAAGAUUAAAAGCAGCGAGAGGAGGUAUCACUGUGUCUUGAUUCCAGAUGAUUUCUCAACACCUAACACAGUGCCCUGGUGGCACAGUGGUUAAGAGCUACAAUUGCUAACUAAAAGGCUGGCAGUUCAAAUCCAUCAGCUGCUCUUUGGAGGCAGUUUUACUCUGUCCUAUAGGGUCUCUAUGAGUCGAAAUCAACUCAACGGGAAUUUUUUUUUUUUUUUUUUUUAAACAGUGCCUGGCACACAACUGCACUCGAUUUUUAAAAUAAAUGAAAUUUCCAGGGUCUGGCAGUAACUCCACCCAUCUUUAAAAUGUUUACACUUCUGUUGUAAUUGAAUUUCUUGCACUUCGUUCUCCAUGCAACCAAAGUGAUCUAUAACCAAUUUGAUCUUUGGCUGGCCAAAGGAAUUUUUUUUUUUUCCCCACAUUUGAAAGUCUAUUAGUUUUACUAGACUAUGUCUUAAUCAAUCUGGGUCUGACUUCCGAGGAAUAUGGUGUGACUUUUUUUUUUCUCUCCAACUUUUUUUGUUGUUCUUAAGAAUAUACACACCAAAACACACCAAUUCAAGUUUCUACGUGUACAAUUAGUGACGCUGAUUACAUUCUUGAAGUUGUGCAGUCAUUUUCACCCUUUUUUGAGUUGUUCCUCCCCUAUUAACAUAUACUCACUGUCCCAAAAGUUUCCUAUCUUCGCAGUUGCUGUUGUUAAUUGAUCCCAUAUAGCUAGAUCUUAAAAGAGCAUAAUGCUCAAGGCAGUCAUUACUAAUUAAGAUUAACUACUGUUUGGUUUAAGGUAUAAACAUUCUCAGGGCAGUAGCUUCAGAGGUUCAUCUAGCCUACAUGGCUCCAGAAAAUCUGGGUUCUAUGAGAAUUUGAAAUUCUGUAUUGCAUUUUCCCCCCUUUGAUUAGGAUUAUUUUAUAGACUCUUUGAUCAAAAUGUUCAGUAAUGGUAGCUGGGCACCAUCCAGUUCGUCUGGUCUCACAGCAAAGGAGGCAGUUAUUUAUGGGAUCAUUUAGCCUUGCAUCCCAUUUCCUCUUAUUCCUGACUCCUUUCUCUGUUGCUUCAGGUGAAUAUAGACCAACUGUUGUGCCUUGGAUGGCUGCUUGCAAGCUGUUAAGACCCCAGGCACUGCACAGUGAACCAGAAGGUAGAGCAGAAGUACUAAACACAUUAUCAGGCCAGUUAACUGGGAUGUCCCAGGAAACCGUGACCCUGCGCCUUCAUCCAAACCAAGGAACAAAACCGAACCAGGUGUUUGGUUGUACUUAAGCAGUCUCAGCAGCUACGUUUUUUGUUUUGUUAAGUGUAUCUUUCACACAACUUUUGCCAAUUCAACUUUUUACAGGUGUACAACUUACUGGCAGCAAUUAACUGGCUGUGCAACCUUACCCUUAAUGAGAUUUUGCUAUCACCAAUAUGGUGUGACCUUUAAAUAUGUAAGUUAAAUUUUUAUUUCAGAAAAGUUUUCAUGAAUUAUAUUCAUAAACAGUUGUAUCAUUCCACCACCUUGGAUUUCUUUGGCAACUCCAAUUGUACCGUUGGAUCUUCUCUGCCCACCUGUUUCUGUCAUUUGCUCUUCAUCUUUUUUAUCCAUUUACUUUGUUUGCAUUAUUUGUUUCUAAUCCCUGUUCUUUUAGUGUGCUUCCUGUGGUGUUCCUAAGUUCUGUCAGUUUUUGUUUCACAUCAGGGACAUACCCUCCUUGAAUUCUUGUACUUCUUAGUUGCAUUUACUUCACUAGAUUUUUUAAAAUUCACAUUGAAAUAUUGGUAUACUAUUUUCAUCUGCUUUGUGGAGACAUUUUUUCUUGUGAAUUUUCUCCAGGAAAACUGUAGGUAAGUUUUGCUGCUCUUUCAUAUUUUUUAUUAUUGUAUCUCUGUAGAAAUUAUUUACUCAGAUUUGAAGCAAUUGGAUUUUCCUGAACCAAGUACUAGCAGAAGGGUGAAGGGAAGGGACCCUAUCCAGGUGUCUCAGCUCCCUCUACCAUGUGGUUACACUAAUGAAUUGUGUCUUUAACAUAAUGCACUUCAGUGCAGCCAUGCCUCCUCUCUCAGGAUAUGACCUUGUUUAGAAAGGGUUCUGUGUGCCAGCUUUGAGCUUCUUGGUUCCUUCAUCUGCUACAUUAAAGGACCUAGCUCCUGCUUUUCAAGGACUUGCUGUCUGAGUUAUGUUACCUCUGACAGCUAAGCACUUUUGUGCACCUUUUUCUCUGCUGCUCUCAGCAUUCACACACUGCAAGUUCACCCCUCCUCAUGGCAGGUCCCACUCACAUUUGGGCUCUGUCCUGGUAAUGAGUAUUUACUGAUGAUUUCUGAAAUCUGCCACCACCAUCCCCCUCCUUACUCCUUGUUGUUCCCCACUACACACUAUUGGCCUCCCAAUUGAUAUCUCCCUGAUGAUAUCAGUAGCCUUUGACAACACUUGUACUCAAUGUGGAAUUUGUGAGUUUUCUUAGCUUCCCCACGUUUCACUGAAGAUAUUAUCUGUGGGGGUCAGUGAUGUUUUUCUUGUUGCACUCUAUGUUUCCAGAAGGAGAGGUAGAAAGAUCCAGAAUCAGGCUGCUACCAUGUUUCUACCAGAAUCAGAAGUCCAAAGGAAUUUGUUAAACAUGUAAAUGCUGAUCAUGACAUGCUCCUGCCUGAAAGUCUUUGUUUGCUUCAAAUUCCACUUUGGAUAUAAAGUAAAAUCUUUAACUAGCCUACAAUGCCUUCUAUAGUGCAACCUUUACUUACCCAACUUCACAGCAAGCCUUUCUCCCCGCCAUGGACCCGUAAGUGCCACACUGAUCUUUCAGAUUCUUCAAUAAGCAAACACUUGAUAUCAGCCAGGGUCCAGUCAGAAGACAGAAACCACACUAGUAAUUUGAAAAGGGUAAUUUUAAUAUAAAUAGUUGCUAAAUAGUAAAAGGUGGUUAACUACUAAGAGGGGUAAAAGAGGACUCAAAGUGGUCCAGAAGUAGCAGACGCAAAAAAAAAGCAGCUACUACUUAGAGUGGACAAUGAAGGAAUUAAGGGUUUAGGAGGGUCCUCUUCCCACCAAGGCUGAGAUUCUUUCGUCUUCAAAGAGGGCUUUGUUGUACAGGAGCACUCAGCCUGAUGAAGACAUGUACUGGAGAGUAUGGGCCAGAGCUGGUCUAUAGAAGCCACCUAUCAUUGUCUGAGAGUGCAGGUGGGCUGGAGUUGGUCUGUAGAAGUGGUCUGCCAGGUGGGAGACAGCUAGGUUGCCAGAUUUAGCAAAUACAAUUCCAAAUAUUGCAUGGAACAUUAAAAAAAAAAAAAAAAAAAAAACCCAUUGCCAUCAAGUUGAUUCUGACUCAGCAACCCUAUAGGACAGAGCAGAUUGCCUAAGCCAUAGGGUUUCCAGGGAGCAGCUGGUGGAUUCGAACUGCCGAACUUUUGGUUAGCAGCUGAGCUCUUAAUCACUGUGCCACCAGGGCUCCUGCAUGGGACAUCCUUAUACUAGUUGUUUGUCUGAAGCCCAGGUUUAACUGGGUAUCCUGUACUUUAUCAGCCCUAGAGACAGCUGCAGGAGGGUGCACCAGAGCUGCCAUGGAAGCAGCUGCAGGUGGGAGAGUGUGGCCUGAGGGGCAACUGGGUCAGGUCCUGAGGGAUGCUAAGGUGAGCGCAUCCACUGACUCCCACACUGAAUCAGAAAAGAGCCUUCCUGCCAUUCUCCCCUUGCAGUGCUUCCCCCACGCUCUUAUUUCAUCAUCAAAGCCUAGCAUUGAGCCAGCUGGCAAAGGAGAACUGUUUCACAAUGCUAGGCAAAGAAGGGUGGACUGUGAACUGAGGCUUUGUCGACAAUGUCGCCAACCUGAACACCUUUCUCCCUGCUUUUUUACCUUCAGGUCUCCACUUAAAUGUCAGUUCUUCUAAGAGGACUUCCUCAUUGUCAUUUAAAUCAGUUCCUUCAAACCAUCUUAUACUUUUAUCACAUGCCACAAUUUGUAAUGAUAUGUGUAAUUAUUUCUUUAAAACCUACAUUCUCCACUAAACUAAAAACUGGUGACUGUUUUCUUCAAUGCCAUAUAUAUUCAGGACAUGGUAAAUAAUAGGUGCUCGAUAAAUGUUUGUUGAAUUAAUUGAUUAAUGAAUGAAUGAAAUUAUCUCAAUCUGAUUUUGACCAUGUGCUGAUAGUACUACCUGCUGGAGUACUGGGCAUAAGGGGUAAGAGCUGAAACUAAAGGUAGACAAGGACCAGAUCAGGAAAGGUUCUUUACGCCAUGAGAAGUAAACUUUUUUUUUUUUUUAAUCCUGAAAGCCCUAAGGAGCCAUUGAUAAAUUUGUAUUUACUUGAGAUGUUUCAGAGGUUCCUGGCUUGAUCAGUUAAGUGGAUGAUGGUUGGACUAGUUACUGGGAAAGGAAAAGAAAGAGGAGCAUGUUUGUGAGGGUAAGGACAGAAGCUAGCUAGAGAACAGGAGAUGACAGCUGAUGAAAUUCCAUGUUUCAAUAUGUGGAGCUUGGAUAUGGGUGACAUUCAGGUAGAAAUAUCCAGUAGGUAAUGAUAAGGAAUUUAGAAGAGAGUUCCAGGCUAGAUACAGAGGUGGGAGCCAUCAGCAUUUAGGUGACAGUUCAGCCCAUGGAGUGGAGAACACCCAGGAAGAUCCUAAGGUGAGAAGAGGAUAGACAAUAGAAUUCUUAAGUUCAUCAAUGUUUAAGAAAGCAAAGAAGCUUGCAAAGAAGAAUGAGUUGCCUGACAGGGGAGAAAUAUUAAGGGUCAGUGAUGUCACAGAAAUCAAGGAGGAAAAAAUUCCAAGGAAAUACAGGUAACCAAAAAUGUCAAAUGCUACAGAGAGAAAAAAGUCCACUGGAUUUAGCAGUAAGGAGGGCAUUGGUGACUUUUUAAGUGACCAUGUUCUGAAAUAAUUUGAGUAGUACUGGUGUAAGCUCUUCUCUAAAUGGUAGAAUUCUCCAGUAAGGCCACCUGAGCCAGGACAUUUUUUUGUUGGGAGUUUUUUGUUUUUUUUUUUUUUAGUUUUCAAUCUCUUGUUAUGGGUCUGUUCAGAUUUUCAACAUCAUUUUGUAUUAGUUUGGGUAGGUACUGUGUUUCUAAAAAUUUGUCCAUUUUCUCUAGGUUUUCAAAUUUGUUGGUGUAUAGUUUUUCAUAACACUCUGUUAUGAUCCUUUUUAUUUCAGUUGGGUCUCUUGUAAUGUCUCCCAUUUCAUUUCUUGUGUUAUUUGCGUCCUCUCCUGUUUUUCUUUUGUCAGUUUGGCCAGUGAUUUGUUGAUUUUGUUGAUCCUUUCAAAGAACCAACUUUGGUUUUGUUAAUUCUUUUUUUUUUGUCUACAUUUCAUUUAUUUCUGCUCUGAUGUUUUAUCAUUUCCUUUCUUCUGGUGGCUGUAGGCUUAUUUUGCUGUUCUCUUUCUAUUUGUUCAGGUUGUGUAGCUAAUGUUUUGAUUUUCUCCCUUUUUUGAUGUGUUCAUCUAUUGCUAUAAAUUGACCUCUGAGGACUGCCUUUGCUAUGUCCCAAAGGUUUUGGUAUGAUGUGUUUUCAUUCCCAUUUGAUUAUAGGAAUUUUUUUAUUCCAUUUCUGAUUUGUUCUAUAAAGUGACCAUGUUCAGUGAAGUGCUGGGGGCAAAAUGUGGAUUGCAGUGGUUUGAGGGGUGAGUGGGAGGUUAGCUAGUGCCAACCUCCUUCCCAGGUUACUUGGCUGUGGAGAGAAGAAAGGGGAGAUGGGUUUUAAGGAAGCAAUAAAAAUAUAUAUUUUUUAAAUCUCAGUAAACUGAAUAAAUCACAAAAGCGACCACCAAAAAAAAAAAAACCAAAACUCACCAUUCAA